AUGGAUGAACAAUCAACUGAGAUGAAACGACAAUCGAGAAUAACAGAUCAAAAGAUUGACGAUUUCAAAUAUGAAGUCGCUUGUGAAUUUGAAAGAAAGAAGCAACAACUGGAACGAUGUUGUUCUGACUCUUGUUGUCUUGUGUUGGUCGUGCGAAAGCCGAUCAGACUCGACGGCCCAGUGAAAACAGGCCAGGGUUGUGCGAAAGCCGACCGACUGACUGACAGGCCCAGUGAAAACAGGCCCUUGGUCGUGCGAAAGCCGAUCAGACUCGACGGCCCAGUGAAAACAGGCCAGGGUUGUGCGAAAGCCGACCGACUGACAGACAGGCCCAGUGAAAACAGGCCUUGGGUUCUGUGA